AUGCUCUUCUACGGUGGGCUUCUCUUGUUUUGCGCAAGGACAGCAGCAGGGCUACCCGCACAUGCUGCAUCAGCUACCAUUAUCGAGAGGCAGGAUGAUUUGCUGGACGAGUACGAUUACAUUAUUGCAGGAGGCGGCACGGCAGGUCUCACAGUGGCAGAUCGUUUGACGGAAAGCGGCAAUUAUACUGUUCUGGUUAUUGAAUACGGCUAUCUGGACUCAUCUGACUCCAUCGUGGCUGUCACGACACCAGACCAGCAAGUUGCAGGCCCAGAUCAAUACUCCGUGGCUACACGUUGGUACAAUGACACAACGGAGCCACAGGUAGGUCUAGAUGGACGAAGACAUACAAUCAGAGCGGGAUGUGCUGUCGGAGGGAGCUCUGCCAUCAAUUUGAUGUUGCUCGAUCGUGGCUCUGCCGAAGACUACGAUUCCUGGGUGCUGGUCGCCGGUAAUUACAAGAAAGACUACGCUGCUGAAUGGGGCUGGGAAAACAUUCUACCGGCGUUUAGGAAGAGCGUGACGUUUCACCCGCCAACCAAGGAGAUGCGGGAGACGUUUGGCAUCACGUACGACGUGGAGGCGGCGUACCAGAGGGGCGGCACGCCUCCCAUUCACUCAAGCUAUCGGCCGUUUCAAUGGCCGAUUCAACGCAAGCCACACUAA